GAGCUCUCGGAGAACAUACGAGUGAAAGUACACACCGCUGUAUGAAGGCUUCAGUCGUAGGCGUAGGUUGAUCGUAGCAAUCCCAAACUAUUCUCCAUCGCUUACAAUAACUCAGCACAGUUCUAUCGUACCUUUUAUCCUCGCCGCGGUGAAUAUCGUGAAACAGCAAAAAAUUAGCACUCAAAUUUCAAUAAAUUCAUAUUUUAUUAUCAAACGAACACAAAAAACAAAAUGAAGCUCUAUUCUGUGUCCGAUGGGCCGCCCUCUCUCGCUUGUCAGCAAGCGCUCAAAGCUCUCAAUCUUGAUUACGAGCUCGUCAACGUCGACUUCGGCAAAGGAGAACACAUGACCGAAGAAUAUGCAAAGUUGAACCCACAAAAAGAGAUUCCGGUUUUGAUCGACGGAGACCUUGUUAUGGGAGAAAGCAAUGCGAUUUUGCAAUAUCUUGGCGACAAAUAUGACGCGAGUGGCAAAAUGUAUCCGAAAGAUCCGAAAGCACGGGCGAUCGUCAAUCAUCGGCUCUGUUUCAAUUUGGCGAUGUAUUAUAAAAACAUAUCCGAAUACGUGAUGGCACCGAUAUUUUUCGAUUACGAGAGAACUCCGUUGGCUUUGAAAAAAUUAAAAAUGGCUCUGGACGUGUUUGAGACUUACUUGGAACGUGAAAAAACUCGAUUCGCUGCUUCAAAUGACUUAACUUUGGCCGAUUUUCCAUUAAUCACUGCAACGAUGUGUCUGGAGGCGAUAGAUUUUUCGCUGGAAUCUUGGCCACUCGUGAAAAAAUGGUACGAGAAUUUCAAGGCCGACUAUCCCGAGCUGUGGGAAAUAGCAGCAGCUGGAAUGCGAGAGAUAAGUGAAUUCGAGAAAAAUCCACCAGAUUUAUCACACAUGGAACAUCCGAUUCACCCCGUCCGCAAAGUGGCGAAGUAGAAGGAAGAACCAAGUAUAAAUACAAUCGCCGUUUGUUUUGUUUUUUAUUAUUCCGUCGCUUCAUCUUCAUAAUAAAUAUUAUCUUUACUAUCAACACAUCA